UAUUUUACAUACCAAUUUAUUUUUAUGUUUCCAUUAUGCAACAUAUCAUAUAUCAUAACUCAAAAUAUCGCACCUCCCAUCAAUGAACUCAUAUCUCUAAAGACAAACUUGUCAUUUUCCAAUUUCCCCUCCGUCCACUAGAAAUUUAGAAGUAGACCCAAUCACUCAAAAGAUAAAAUUUCCCCCACUCUUUAUCUUUUCCUAACCCCCAUAAUAAAAGUCCAUUAUUAGUACCUUAACCCCCAAAUUAUUCCUCAAUAAACAAAACCCAAAUCCAACGCGGGAACAGUUAGUUAUUUUCCCCAAUAAUCCCCAAAUCUCCCCCCAAAAAAAAAACUCAGCUCCCCCCCAAAAUUGAUGAUUUCACCUCGUCAAUGGAAUCCUCAAUCGGCAAGCUCAUCUACUGCUGCAUCUCCAAUCGCAGCCGAAUCCUCUACUCCUACAACGGCAUCGAAACCCUAGCUUCUCUCUGCAUCGAAAAGGCGCCGCUUUCUCACUCCCACUACUUCUUCACACGGGGCCGGCGCUCCUUUGGCUUCCUCAUCGACGAAACCCUAACCUACUUCGCGAUCGUCGAUCACGAUCGCGACCGCAGCAACAAGCGCAAGUUUCUUCAGCUCCUUCAUCAGAUCAAGAACUCCUACAAGAGAAGCAACAAUUUCGACGACGAGCUGAUCCCGAUCAUCAAGCGCUUGAUCUGCUCUUUGGAAAGCAAGAAUUUCGAUGUAUCGAGCUCGAAUUGUUACGGGUCGAGCUCGACAAAGGCGCCGCUUUUGGGGAGGAGCGGAUCGGUAAAGAUCGACGUGGAGGCUCCGCCGCCGCCGGAGGCGGCGGAGGGCGGCGGUGCUGAGAAAAGCUUGAACUUGAGUUUCUCGAGCAGGAACCGGCAGAUUGGGAGGAAAUUGUGGUGGAGGCAUGUGAAGAUUGUGGUGAUUGCUGAUGUUUUCUUGUGUCUGGUCUUGUUCGGGGUUUGGUUGGCGGUUUGUCGAGGGUUCCGAUGUCUCUCGUAGGGAUUCUGGCGGAGGGUUUUGGUUUGUAUAUAUUUUUGAUGAGAAGUUUAUACGUAGAUAUUGUGUUUGUGAUCAUCUUGGAGUUGUUUUUUUGGUUUGUGUUUGAUGCAUACAAGUUCCAAAUUUUGCUUCUUUAUGUCGA